UGUGUUCAAUGGUUUCGCCUGUUUGUCCUCGGAGCUAGCUGGAGUGAAGAAGGACCUUUAAACAGAGCGACGAACAGCACAGGACGACGCCGAAUCUCCCUUUCAGAACUGAGCCAUUUUCGUGUCGGUCUCCCUUUCCGGAGACUCGAAGGAGCUGUGACCCAAGAUGCCUCUAAACGAUGAGCGACCCACCUCCACAUCCAGUGGUGAGGACCAAGGCAGCGAUGUGGAGUCGUCGUCGGAGCGCUGCGACAGCAUGACGUCAACCAGCGACCUGGACUGUUCCCGCGAAAGCUUCACGAGCGACUGCUCCAGCAAGCACUGCACGCCCUCCUCAAGCCCACCCAAAACCUUAAACCUGGAUGAAGUCAUGGAGUCUGCCAGAGACCUGUUUAAUCUCCGCUUGGCCCAUGAGGUCGUUAUGAACCGCAACUUCCAUCUGGAGCCAGAAAGCUUACCUCAGGACAGUUUGUGGAAGGCAGUUCGAGAUAAUGUCCACAAGGCCUUCUGGGACAUCCUGGAGUCUGAGCUGAACGACGACCCGCCUGAGUAUAGGCAAGCCAUCACAUUAUUGGAGGAGAUCCGAGAGACGUUGCUGUCGUUCCUCAAUCCGGGUGCCAACCGCAUGAGGACCCAGAUCAUGGAGGUGCUGGACAUGGACCUGAUUCGUCAGCAGGCUGACAACAAUGUUGUUGACAUCCAGGGGCUCGCCUCUUAUAUCAUCACCACCAUGGGCAAGAUGUGUGCACCAGUCAGGGAUGAAGAAAUCAAAAAGCUCCAUGAAAACACGGACAACAUAGUGACAUUGUUCAGGGAGAUAUUCCGGGUGCUGGACCUGAUGCAGGCAGACAUGGUCAGCUUCUCUAUAGAUAAUUUGAGGCCUGUGCUGCAGAGGCAGGGUGUCGAGUAUGAGAGGGCAAAAUUUCAGAGCAUCCUGGACAAGACACCCAGUGCUUUGGACCACACCACCUCAUGGAUCAAGUCGGCACUGGAGGAGCUGCUGUCGGCCACCACUCCCCCAGAGAAGAGCUCAGGUGAGGGGAAAGGACAGCGAGCAGUGCCCGGGCCCUUCCAGGUCCUCAACGCCGCCUUUCUCAGCAUCCUCACAUGGGACUAUGAUAAGAGCCCACUGCCAGAGACCUGGAUGACUGAUGAGCCACGUCUGCGAGAGAUUCAGUGGCAGCUCCGGCAGGUCCAGAUGGUGAACGAGGUGCUGCUGAUCGUACACAGCACCAUCGGAGGGCCUAUCCAGGGUCUGCCAUCCCUGUCUGAACGUCUGAAGAGGAUGAUCAGUGUGCUGCUGGAGGGAAUGCACAGCCCGGACUUUAACCUAGAAGAGGCACUAGAGGGCGUCAGUGCUCAGAUCUGCUGUGAGCUCAGUAAGUCUUUAACUGAACGGGGCUACCCUGCGCUCUCCCCAGCGCUGCAGGCCACCCUUCGAGGCCAGAUCUGCAGCAUCACACAGAAGGAUAAUCCAAUUCGCACUCUUGUUGAGGAUCGAGUGCAGCAAUACUUCAUGGUGCUCAUCUGUGAUCCCAAAUCGCAGCUCAAACUUGAACAGGUACCAGCCGGCCUGACCCCCAUUAAACCUCAACUAGCACUGAUCGGAGCCAAGUUCAUCUCCCUGGUAAACUACAACAAGAGUGUCUAUGGACGUUUCUACGCAGAUAUCAUCAGGAAGCUGAUGUUCAUCAGCAGCCCACCAGCAGCAAACCCUCCUUUGGACGCCACUCACAAACCUGUCCCCUCCAACUAAAACCAUGGCACAUGUAGUUUAGGGAGUCCCUUUGUUAGUAGACAUAACUGAAGCUACGGAGCUACCACAAGAGCUCGGCAGUGCUGCUGCUUCACCUGGUCGGUGUGCUCCAAUAGUUGGAGUUACCCUAAGCGUUUUAUAAUUGUAGUUUUUAUCACUACAUUUAGCAGCAUACCUGCAGGUGGUCGACAUUUAAUGUGACCUGUGUCCUUUGCUCUCAGAUGUGCUCUCCUGUGAACAUUUACAGCUUCAAACCAGAAAACCAGUGUUACAUCGAUCCAUUUCUGAACCUAACCGUGAUAGUGGUAUCAACAUUGUAAUGUUAUCUGCAGUCAAACUCCUGUUAUUGUGGAGGAAAAGAUGGGAAAACCAUAGUAUGUCUAAAACAUACAUUACGCUUUAUGAAGCAAAGAGGAAGAAGCUUCUAUAUUCAGAGAUGUAGCAGAGUAGUAUCAGAUUUUUUUUACAUAUAACAAAUUAUUGUUUAUCACAGUAUAACUACAGUUAACUAUGACCACAGUCAUGAGAUAGCCCUUUUCCUGGUCCUUUUGAUUGUUCUCCCUUUAACUUUUUCUAUCAGCCAGAGAACUAAACUUUCUGUUUUCUUUUGAAUUCGCUGAUACUUACUAUACAGCAAAAAAAAUAAAUAAAUAGAAAUAUAACUGAAAAAGAGGUUGAUUUGAAAUGAAGAAAAGUUGUCUGCAUGAGUAGCUUUGUGUUGGGGUUAAGUCUGUUUAGUUUUACUUGAGUACUUUGUCGGUGUAUUUGUCACAUGUUGUAUGUACUUUUUCUUCUCUGCUAGUUGAACACUUGUUAUAUUCAUUUAGUUGCUAGUUUGUUUCAAUAUUUGUUAUUUUUUGAGGUACUAUAGUCGUAACAGCGUUGCUGUGUUGGCUGAUAGGACCUGUGGCGGGAAAAGGAAAAGGAGCUGAACUCAAAAGUGUGUCCAAACUUUCCAGUGGACCCAAUGAUGCACAAAGUAAAGCAAUUAUGUGCUUUACAUGGAAGUUUAAAUGAAAAUGUGGGAAGUUGUUGUUCUUCUCUUGUGUACUACAUUUAAUAUAAUAAAAUUUGUAAAAGAGAA